AUGCGAGAUAGAGAUAGAGAUAGAGAUAGAGAUAGAGAUAGAGAUAGAGAUAGAGAUAGAGAUAGAGAUAGAGAUAGAGAUAGAGAUAGAGAUAGAGAUAGAGAUAGAGAUACAGAUAGAGAUAGAGAUAGAGAUAGAGAUAGAGAUAGAGAUAGAGAUAGAGAUAGAGAUACAGAUAGAGAUAGAGAUAGUGAUAGAGAUAGAGAUAGAGAUAGAGAUAGAGAUAGAGAUAGAGAUAGAGAUAGAGAUAGAGAUAGAGAUAGAGAUAGAGAUAGAGAUAGAGAUAGAGAUAGAGAUAGAGAUAGAGAUAGAUAUAGAGAUAGAGAUAGAGAUAGAGAUAGAGAUAGAGAUAGAGAUAGAGAUAGAGAUAGAGAUAGAGAUAGAGAUAGAGAUAGAGAUAGAGAUAGAGAUAGAGAUAGAGAUAGAGAUAGAGAUAGAGAUAGAGAUAGAGAUAGAGAUAGAGAUAGAGAUAGAGAUAGAGACAGAGAUAGAGAUAGAUAUAGAGAUAGAGAUAGAGAUAGAGAUAGAGAUAGAGAUAGAGAUAGAGAUAGAGAUAGAGAUAGAGAUACAGAUAGAGAUAGAGAUAGAGAUAGAGAUAGAGAUAGAGAUAGAGAUAGAGAUAGAGAUAGAGACAGAGAUAGAGAUAGAGAUAGAGAUAGAGAUAGAGAUAGAGAUAGAGAUAGAGAUAGAGAUAGAGAUAGAGAUAGAGAUAGAGAUAGAGAUAGAGAUAGAGAUAGAGAUAGAGAUAGAGAUAGAGAUAGAGAUAGAGAUAGAGAUAGAGAUAGAGAUAGAGAUAGAGAUAGAGAUAGAGAUAGAGAUAGAGAUAAAGACAAAGAUAGAGAUAGAGAUAGAGAUAGAGAUAGAGAUAGAGAUAGAGAUAGAGAUAGAGAUAGAGAUAGAGAUAGAGAUAGAGAUAGAGAUAGAGAUAGAGAUAGAGAUAGAGAUAGAGAUAGAGAUAGAGAUAGAGAUAGAGAUAAAGAUAGAGAUAGAGAUAGAGAUAGAGAUAGAGAUAGAGAUAGAGAUAGAGAUAGAGAUAGAGAUACAGAUAGAGAUAGAGAUAGAGAUAGAGAUAGAGAUAGAGAUAGAGAUAGAGAUACAGAUAGAGAUAGAGAUAGAGAUAGAGAUAGAGAUAGAGAUAGAGAUAGAGAUAGAGAUAGAGAUAGAGAUAGAGAUAGAGAUAGAGAUAGAGAUAGAGAUAGAGAUAGAGAUAGAGAUAGAGAUAGAGAUAGAGAUAGAGAUAGAGAUAGAGAUAGAGAUACAGAUAGAGAUACAGAUAGAGAUAGAGAUAGAGAUAGAGAUAGAGAUAGAGAUAGAGAUAGAGAUAGAGAUAGAGAUAGAGAUAGAGAUAGAGAUAGAGAUAGAGAUAGAGAUAGAGAUAGAGAUAGAGAUAGAGAUAGAGAUAGAGAUAGAGAUAGAGAUAGAGAUAGAGAUAGAGAUAGAGAUAGAGAUAGAGAUAGAGAUAGAGAUAGAGAUAGAGAUAGAGAUAGAGAUAGAGAUAGAGAUAGAGAUAGAGAUAGAGAUAGAGAUAGAGAUAGAGAUAGAGAUAGAGAUAGAGAUAGAGAUAGAGAUAGAGAUAGAGAUAGAGAUAGAGAUAGAGAUAGAGAUAGAGAUAGAGAUAGAGAUAGA